CAAAAUGGCAGCCACUGUAUCGAAUAUGUGGCGUGUGGUACGAUUCUCACGAAAUGUCGCUUCUUUACAUGCUAACAUACGACGUCGCACAAUCUCAAGAACAUCCAUCCAAUCGGCCAGGUUCAUAAGCACUGAAGAACGACAGCAGGAAAGCGAUUUGGUCGUCAGUUAUGUGGAGGCCGGUGAGGACACUGGAGAGGACUUGGGCCAAAUUAUUGUGCUUGCUAUAAACAGACCGACGGUGAGAAACGCAUUGGGCAAAAACAUCGUCGGUUUGUUCAUCGAUGCGAUAAACAGCGCUAAAUUUGACAAACGAGUAAGAACUUUAAUAUUAAGGAGUGCUGUGCCCGGUAUUUUCUGUGCCGGUGCUGAUCUGAAGGAAAGAGUAAAGAUGGCACCGAACGAAGUUGCUCCUUUUGUAGCAAAAGCGAGAGGCAUCAUGUCGGAGCUGGAAAACCUACCGAUGCCUGUCAUCGCUGCUCUCGACGGAGGAGCAUACGGCGGUGGUCUUGAGAUGGCUUUAGCGUGUGAUAUCCGAAUAGCAUCGACUACCGCCAAAAUGGGCCUCACCGAAACAAAAUUGGCGAUCAUUCCUGGGGCCGGUGGUACUCAGCGUCUACCACGAAUUAUCGGCAAAGGUCGGGCCAAAGAAAUGAUAUUCACUGGGCGAGUGAUUGACGGGGAACAAGCGGAGGGGAUUGGACUAGUUAACUACGCCGUGAAACAAAAUGAAGAAGGGACUGCUGCAUACAAACGGGCUUUGGAAAUGGCUAAAGAGAUUUGCAGCAACGGGCCUAUUGGUGUAAAGAUGACCAAAGUGGCGAUCAACAAAGGUUCCGAGGUUGAUCUUCAAUCAGGUCUAGCCAUCGAGGAAAUGUGCUAUGCCCAAACUAUUCCAACUAAAGACCGCCUCAUUGCAUUGAAAGCUUUUGCCGAUAAGAAACGACCAAUUUUUAUCGGUGAAUAAAUUAAUUGUGACAUCACAAACUUUACCUUUAAUAAUAAAUCACUAUUUUCGUAUUAUAUGUGUUUACUAUUAUCACCAAACAUUUAUAAAUAAAAGUAGCAAAACAAUA